CUGCUGCACGCUGCGGCCGCCUCGCCGCUGCCGCCGACGCCUCAAAAGCCGCCGCGCCGCCCGCUGCGGCUGCCCGCCAUGCCCUACGCCUUCCCCGCUCCGCCCGCCUCUGCCCCGCCGCGCCCGCACCGCGCUGCCACUGCGCCGCACCUUGCUCCGCUGCCGUACCGCGACGAGCCCGACGCCGCCUCUGCGCCGCACCCGCUGCGCGCCAGCGUCGACGACGACGACGACGACGACGAGCCGCGCCUCUUCCGCACUUCGCUGCACCACGCCGCCGCACCGCUGACCGGCAGCAUGGCCGAGCACUCGCAUCCGCCGCACGCGGGCUUCAGUGCUGCCGCUCCGCAGCGCGGCAGCGGCCACGGCGCCUCGGGCUCGCUCGGCGGCCUGCUCGAGCCCAUCGCACAGCCGGCGCGCCGCUGGUACCGCGAGCAGAGCUGGACGCAGGCGCGGCCCAAGACGGACAACAAGCGCCGCAUGCAGCUCAUCGUCGCCUAUGCGCCCGACUGGAUCAUCACGCUCGUCGUCGCCGGCCUGCUGGCCCUCGUGAACGACGCAUACGGCUUUCGCCGCGAGUUCAGCCUCACCGACACGUCGCUGCAGCACACGUACUCCGAGACGGAGCGCGUGACGGUGCCCGAGCUCGCCGUCUACUGCCUCGUCAUCCCGAUCAUCCUCAUCCUCAUCUUCUCGCUGGCGGUGAACCGCAGCGUGUGGGACUUCCACGCCGCGCUCCUCGGCCUCGUCCUCACCCACGCCCUCACCAUCACCGCCACGACGCUCAUCAAGGUCUCCGUCGGCCGCCCGCGCCCCGACAUCAUCGACCGCUGCCAGCCGCGCGAGGGCGCCGCCAAUGCGCCCGUCUACGGCCUCGUCACCGAGACCAUCUGCACGCGCGACCUCUCGUCGCACAUCAUGUCCGAGGGCUUCCGCUCCUUCCCGAGCGGCCACUCGAGCGCCGCGUGGGCCGGCCUGACGUUCCUCAGCCUGUACCUGGCCGGCAAGCUGCACCUCUUCAACCGCAAGGGCCAUGCCGCGACGGCCUGGCUCGUCUUCUUCCCGCUGGUCGGUGCUGCGCUGAUCUCCGUGAGCCGCACGAUGGACUACCGGCACCACGCGACGGACGUCAUCGCCGGCGCCAUCCUCGGCGUGCUCAUCUGCCUCGGCACGUACUUCCGCUACUACCCCUCGCUGCACCACCCGCGCUGCCACAAGCCGUGGGCGCCGCGCGUGCCGCGCGUUGAGCCCGUCGACGGCGAGGAGCACUCGGACAUCGAGGUCGGCGCGCACCCGCACCGGCACCUGCAGGACCUCAGCUCGCACGACGACGAGAUGCAGCGCGAGACAGUGAACCACUAGAUGCGCACGGCGCCGGGCCUUCUGUCGCCAUGUCACGGCAAAGUGCAGGGCGAUUGAGAGGCGAAAAAGUACAGUUACAUAUAACAAUCAGUGACACGC